AUGGAGUCCUGCAGACCCUAUGGGGUGAGCUGCCCUCAGCCAAUUGCCGAGAGCUACAAUGAGCCAUGUGUGCAGCAGUGCCCCGACUCCAGAGCAGUGAUCUUGCCUCCACCGGUGGUGGUGACAGUCCCCGGCCCCGUGCUCACUUCUUUUCCUCAGGAGAGCAUUGUUGGAUCGUCAAGCCCAGUCGGAAUGGGGGGCUCCUUUAGCUCCCAGAGCUCCCAGGGCUCUGGGGGCUCCUUUGGUCUGGGAGGGUCUCGAGGUUAUGGGAGCUCCUUUGGCUUGGGGGGUUCCCGGGGCUAUGGGAGCUCCCUGGGCUCUGGGAGCUCCUUUGGUUUGGGAGGCUAUGGAGGAUCCCGGGGCUCUGGGAGCUCCUUUGGUCUGGGAGGCUAUGGAGGAUCCCAGGGCUACGGGAGCUCCUCUGGUUUGGGAGGCUACGGAGGAUCCCGGGGCUAUGGGGGCUCCUUUGGUCUGGGGGGCUAUGGAGGAUCUCAGGGCUAUGGGAGUUGCCUGGGUUAUGGGGAUGACAUGAGCUACGGGGGCUCCCUGGGCUAUGGGGGCCAGUAUGGCUCCAGUGGCUUUGGUAGUUGUGGCAGGUCCUACAGCUCUGGCCUCUCUUCCUGCGGUGCUGGCUAUUCCCUCCCUGGUGCCCAGCGGUGGGGCAGAUCCCGCCGCGGGAGCUGCGGAGCAUUCUAA